AUGAGCGUCUAUUGCACGUCGCCCACAAAACGGGACAAACAAAUUCUGACCCUCUGGCUUCAACUCCUCCGACUGGAUUCUGCGAGCAGUCUCAAAAUGUUCGGAGGAUGGGGAUCUAAUACUGCUAAUAACACAACAAACACCACACAGCCCGCUGCUGGCUUUGGAACGACAAACGCAUUUGGUCAACCCGCUCAAAAUACUGGCGGCUUUGGAGCGUUUGGGCAGCCUCAACAGAAUACACAACCAUCAACUGGCUUUGGCGCUCCUGCCGCUCCAACAACCGGUUUUGGCGCGUUUGGAGGCGGCACAACAAAUGCAUUUGGAGCCAAGCCGGCCAAUGCCUUUGGAACAGGCGGUGGAUUUGGCACAACACAACCUGCGACAGGAACUGGCUUUGGUACAGGCGCAUUUGGCGCGUCAUCGACGCCAACAACGACAGGCUUUGGUGCUACUGCAGGCACGGGUACAGGCGCGUUUGGAUCUGGAUUUGGCUCUACGACAGCAAAUGCAGGCUCUGCGUGGGGAAAACCUGCUACAGGCGCAUUCGGACAAGCGGCUGCACCCGCUGCAGGAAAUGGAACCGCAAAUCCUCCAUUCUCUGAAGUCACCGAGCGAGACUCUGGUGCGACCAACGUCACCCUUCACUAUCACUCCAUCUCGUGCAUGCCCGCCUAUAUCAACUGGUCACCAGAAGAACUAAGGGUACAAGAUUAUGCCGUCGGUAGAAAGACUGCAAACUCCGCUGUUCCCGGUGCAACUGGAUUUGGGGCUGCCGCGACCACUGGUUUUGGCGCUGGAGGAACCACAGGAGGCUUUGGACAACCAGCCGCGCCCACGACUGGAUUCGGAUUCGGUACUACCACAAACACGAGCACUGGUGGCGGUCUGUUCGGAGGGGGUACCACCACCACGGGCGGUUUUGGCCAACCGUCCACAACAAAUGCCUUUGGACAACCAGCUGCCAGUGCCGCGCCGGCUAAUCCUUUCGGAGCUCCCGCUGCUGGAACGAGCACUGGAUUUGGUACAUUUGGUUCUACUAGCACGCCCACCAAUGCCUUUGGAGCCACCACUAAUGCACCCAAGCCUUUUGGAGGAUUCGGCUCUACCCCGACGGCGACUACCGGAACUGGCUUUGGCACGUUCGGUCAAACGAACACCCAAGCGGCGACGAGCACUCAAAACGCCUUUGGACAACAACAACCUGCAAGUACAGGAUUUGGUUUUGGUAGCAACGCGAACAAACCAGGCGGCUUUGGUGCUACCACUAAUCCGUUCGGAGGCCAAACUACCACUGGUGGUUUUGGAACAAACACGACGACUAAUGCCUUUGGUCAGCCUGCGCAACAGGCUGCUGGCGGCUUUGGUGCUCCUGCUCCUGCAGCCGGUACUGGCACGACCGGUUUCGGAUUUGGGGCGACCAAUCAGACUCAACCCGCCGCGAAUCCUUUCGGACAAGCGGCGCAACCCGCGGCACCUGCGAACCCCUUCGGCGCGUUUGGCCAACAAACUAGUCAAACUGCAGCACCCACUACCAAUGCAUUUGGAAACCUCUUUGGUACAAAGCCAGCGACACCCACGACGGCGCCCAAUGCCAAUCCGUUUGGCGGCUUUGGUCAAACGACUACGAGCACAGCUACUAACCCGCUGGGAGGUGGACUCGGUGGCUUUGGUGCGACGACGACGAACACGGGGGGCCUCUUUGGCCAAAACACCAGCAAUGCGGGCAAUAUCUUUGGCGCAAAGCCAACUCAGCCCGCUCCCAAUACAUUUGGCGGGUUUGGCGGCUCCACACUCGGAGGAUUUGGCGCAGCGCAAGCAGCUCCAGCCCCAACUACAAACGCUAACCCAUUCGGCGCUUUCGCGGGCUUUGGUCAGUCCACAGCUCCCGCCCCCACUGGGACGACGACGGGUCUCUUCGGGACAUCGACGGCUCAGCCUCAACCACAGCAAGCGCUCACUGCCUCGGUCGAUCAACCCUUCAGCUCUGGCAUCCCCGUCUUCGAGUUGUUGCCAGGCGCCGCCGCUGCAGCAGGUACGCUCGCUGCGAGUGCCUUUGCUACCAAGAAGCAACCCAACUUUUUCAUGAAACGCAAGCCUCUCCCAUCUGCAAAGGCCGUGGCGUCUCUCAACUCUUCCACUGCCGUUAAUCCUCUGCGCGGCUUUGCGGGUAGUGUCACUGCUACCAAGCCUGGUCAAUCUGGACUCAAUAUGAUGCUCCGUGGUGGCACGAUGCCGAGCACCACGGGCACGUUGAGCACAAUGGGGAGCAGUUUCAUGGGCGGUACGCUCAGUGAAAAGAAGGCCGGACUCAGUUCAGAUGUCUUUGUCUCCAACGUCAAAAAGCUGCAAAUCAACAAGGAUGUUUCGAAAGAUCAGCUCACCUCUUCACUGGCUCAGGUCGCUGCGCGCAAAGGACACAAUGGUACGCUUGGACUCCUUGGUAGCUCUCCAUCACCAGCACCUGGAUCCACAUCCCGCCCUGCAAUCGCCGCAAAGCCAUCUGAGCCAUCUCGGGAUCAAACACAAUCGGACAAGCUAGAAAAGGGAGAGUACUGGAUCUCCCCCGAAGAGUCCAAGCUCAAAUCUCUUCCAUUCAAGGAUCUCGAGGCCUUUGAGCAUUUCAAAUGCGGCCGCGUUGGAUAUGGUCAGGUCGAGUUCCUUGAGCCCGUCAAUCUUACGACCAUUGGCGCUGUAAAGGACAUUCCCAACAAGUAUAUCAUCUUCGACGAGCGGGAAUGUACUGUCUAUCCGGACGAACAUGACAAACCACCCGUCGGUCAAGGCCUCAACGUACGCGCAAGAAUCACCCUCGAAAACUGUUGGGCCGUCGACAGAGCGACACGAGAGCCGAUCAAAGACGAGAAUCAUCCCAAGGCGGCUCAUCAUCUCAAGAAGCUCCAGAGCAUGCCCGAGACAACGUUUGAAAGCUUUGACAUCCAAACUGGCGAAUGGACCUUUAUCGUCGAGCACUUUAGUCGAUACGGCCUUGAUGAGGGUGACGAUGAAGAGGAAGAGGAGAUGCUCAGGGCGCAAAACGCCACUGCCGCUGCAGCAGCUCCUGUUCCAGAGGACCAGCCUAUGGAAAAACCGUCUAGCGAAGAUGAUCCUAUGGAAGAUCCCAUCCCACGCCGGGCAUCUGUCCGCCCUCGCGAUGUGUCGAUGCGUCCUCGGGAUCAGACACCUGCACACCGUCGCCGUGGCUCAACCGCUCGUCCAGCUCCUGGAGAAGAAAACGAUGCUGACAAUGACGAGGACGACAUGGCUAUGGAUGACGAGGAGCCGGAGCGUCCUCAUCCAAGCUGGCCAGCUCAGAUUGGCCUCGACCCUCAGCGGUUGGGACAGAUGCAAUCAAGCCUAUUCGCUGCCCAGAACAACGCUGCAUCCAAAGCGGCCCGAGGAGGCGCAAAAGGGUUCAUCAAGCCACCUCGUGCGGGGACGCCCAGUGCACUCGGAAAGCAUCCGCGUGAAAUGUCAAUCAUGGAAGAGGAUGGAGUCCAUGGAGGCGCGUUGCAGCGGCGUCAAGCGUCUGUAGAGAGACCGUCGUUCGCUGUCGCGCGACCAGUAGUCGGGUCGCAAGAUCAGCAAAUGGCGCUCGAACCACCUGCGCGCAAGUUUGUAAAGAUUGCAAAAGAGUCUCUGGUCGAGGGCAAGGAAAGUUUGUAUCGCGAUGCGGGUCUUGCUUUUGGGAGGUCGUUUCGUGUCGGAUGGGGUCCUGGUGGGAUGCUUGUGCAUUUGGGCGAGCUCUGUGCGCCCUAUGAUGAGACGACACCCCCAGAAUCGUUCUCGGUGCUCAACAUGACAUAUAUCUCGCAUACGUCCAUGGAUGAGGAGAAAGAGAAGAAGCGGGCCAACGAUGAGCUCAAGCUGUAUCGAGAACAUACACAAGUGGUCGAGGAGAACGGGAUCCCGAUGAUCGUUCCACUACCGACACUCAACUUUCAACCCUUUGCGACCCAUUUCCAUCCAGAUGACACGUCGUACGAGGCGUCACUCUGGCGACUUGGUGCAGCAUUAUUCGACACGAUCCCGCUCGAUGUACCUGGCGAGCUUGAGCCGACCAAAAAGCAAUGGAUUGCGGACCUACGGAGAAAGAUGAAGAUUAGCGACUGGCUACAGGCUGCAGUCUCACCUGCCGUUGAACAAGUCAUGCUCAAUGGUUCCUCUUCGUCCAUUACACGGGUAUUUGCGCUCUUGACGGGCAAUGAUGUCGAACGUGCAUGUCAAGUCGCCAUGGACGCUGGCGAUUUCCACCUCGCGACUCUUCUUUCGCAAGCGGGUGGUGAUCGCGCGUUUAGAGAGUCGAUGGGCGCGCAAUGGGAUACGUGGGUGAAAGAGCAAACGGACGCGUUUAUUGACGAUGACUAUCGAAAAGUAUACGCCGUCCUUUGUGGAAUCGUGACGAUCGGUCGGGCGUCCAAGAACCGGAAUGACCCAUUCGUGCGAGCGCAAGACAUUGACAUUGCCGAGGGGUUGGAUUGGAAACAAGCUUUUGGACUCCAUUUGUGGUAUGGGAUUGACCUGGCGGACCCACCUACGGCAGCGAUUACCGAGUAUGACCUCGCGCAAUCGUCGAGCGAUGUAGCGGCGAUGCGUGGAGAAAUACCCGAGCUUGAUACAGCCAAAGUUCAGGAUCGAGAAGGCGGAGAGCUCGUUAACCCGCCUCCAUGGUACCUCGUGAGCAAGGCGGGCGAACGGUCCAAAAUCGGACGCGAGGGCGACACGCUCCUGCAUAUGCUACGGCUGUUCGAAAAUCCAGAGUAUCCACUUUCGGUACUCCUCAAUCCAAAAUGCAUUUCUCCACAUGCGCUCGACUAUCGAUUGCCGUGGCAGCUGUUUGCUGUGCUGAGCGGAAUGGUCGCUGGAUGUCUCGGACCGGCGAUCCAGGAGGAGAUUGUGCGGUUGAAUGAUUUGUUGUGUGUGGCGUAUGCGAUGCAGCUCGAGGACGACACGAUGGUGGACCAAGCGAUUUUCGUUGCGUUGCACCUGAGUGAUCCACAGAGUCGUGCAAGUGCGAUUCGUGAUCUCCUGAUGCGCAACCCCGAAUUUUUCGACGAAGAGGUUGUGCAGUCGUACGGUAUCCCGGGAGAGUGGAUCGCAGCUGCCAAGGGGGCGUACGAACGAUACAAGGGCAACGCAGGUGCGGCGUGUACGUUCUAUGUGCAUGCUGGCGAGCAAAAGUUUGCAUGCGACAUUGUGAUCUCGGACCUGGCUCCGGAUUUGAUCAUUCGCGAAGAGUUUGUCGUGCUCAAACGGCUAUUCGAGGUGUUUACACCAGAGCGUAUCGAUGAUUGGGCUGUACGAGGAAAGUUGUUCCUGGAUUACAUCGACAUGAAGCAUUCAAUUCCGACAUUGGUGACAGCAAUUGCAAGCCAGCCGCACGCGACCCCUACACCCGAGCAGCUCGUCAAGGCCGACCGAAUCUUUGCGGCUGUCCCCAACUUGUUACGGCUCUUACCGUCUGUACUCGGAGUUGUCUCUUCCUCGGGGUCGUCGGGACAGUCUGGACACAGCAAACGGCAACGGGCGGCAUUGGAUGAGAUGCAAUCUGGGCUCGUGACGCUGGUGAUGGGACUACAAAAUGUGCUAGUGGGUCGUGCGCGCGUCAAGCUGGACCUGCGAGGGGUCGAGGCAGGCGCGCGGCUCAAGGCGGUGCAAUCUGCUGCACUGAGUUGCUGCGGAGACCGGUAUUCCGAGAUUCGGAGAUGGCGUCGGGGGAUUUGUCAGGCAGAGAGCUUGCGUCAGUCUGCCGGCAUCGACGAUGCGGUCGUUGCCGAUCAGCACCCUGGCCAGACUUAUAAAGUUGAGCCAGACUACGACGAGUUGUUUGUCAACAUUUUCAUCUACACUCGAAUAAUUCCCAUAUGGACCAAGUCCAUCUUGUUGCUCGUCGCUGUCCACGGUCUCUGGGGAGAACCCGUCCAUGUCAGCGAACUGACCAGAAUCAUCCGUGAGCGAUUCCAAGAUACAACAGACGAAACUGGCGCAAAACUCGUCAUCCUCUGCGGAGAAACAAAUGCAAACGACUCGACUUACGACGGCAUCGAUUGGUGUGGCGAACGACUCGCAGACGAGGUCCAGGCAAAGAUUGACCAACUCGCGGCCGAUGGCCAGGCCGUGACACGCUUUUCCGUCGUAGGUUACUCCCUCGGUGGUCUCGUAUCGCGCUACCUCGUUGGUAUACUCGAAUCCCGCUCAUUCUUCGACACUGUCCGCCCCAUCAAUUUUACAACCUUUGCCACGCCGCACAUUGGCCUCGUGCGCAUGAACAACUUUUUCAGCAAACUCGGGUUCCGACUCGGUCCAAAGAUGCUUUCGCGUACCGGACCACAGCUCUACGGAUGUGAUCAAUGGAGUAGCAAAGACGGCAAGCCCCUCCUCGAAGCAAUGGCAGAGGAAAAGGGCAUCUUCUACAAGGCAUUACAAAAGUUUGAACGAAGGAGUCUGUACGGGAGUGCAUAUGGCGAUCGCACAGUCAGCUACCAAACAGCACUCAUCGAAGCCGAGGAUCCGUUCUGGCAGCACGAGACAAACGGCAUGUCAUUUGUUGUAGACGAGAAAUAUGCACCCAUCGUCUCUUCGUACGAAAUCCCGUCCAGACCACCCUCCCCACCUCCAGCCCCCGCUUUCGGUUCACCAGAGUAUAUCAAAUCACUUGCCCCACGCAUUCGACUCCCGCCAUUCCUCCAACUCCGUUUCCCACUCAACCUCUUGCUCUAUAUGCUCAUUCCCGUCCUCAUCCCACUCGGCUUCACCGCGGCCUUUAUCAAGGUAUCGCUCGACUCGUCUUCUUCGCGUAAACGUCUCAAGUUGCUCGAAAGCGACGAAGAGACUUUGCAGAGACGUUUGGUGAAUGUGCUUCGGGGAUUGGAUAAAGAAAUGGAAGAUGCGAUUGUGGAUGCGCUCGAGGGUGCAAACGAGGUGGCCGUUGAGAAUGUCGACGAGCGAACGGGGAUGCCACUUACGAUGCCGGAGAAUAGUCCGUCGAUCACGACGGCACCAUCGAGGCCAGAAGAGUUGGACGUGGAUGGUCGACAUGCCGUCUGUACCAGGCGCCACAAACGGGUUUCUGCAAAAUCCUCGAGCUCUUCGCUCUCAAAGCACAGUGAAGAGAAAGUACACAAGGAGCACAAGGCUCCUCUACCCUCAAACCCUCAGGAGCCACAACUCUCUGAUCUUCAAUACCGUCUCGUCCACUCGCUCAACGGCCUGCAUUUCCACAAGUUUACGGCUCACUUCCCGGGCGUCUUUAGCUCGCACGCCGUCAUCAUUUCGCGCGACGUCCAACGGUUUGCGUUUCACAAGCAAGGCGAAGGUGUCCUGAGACAUUGGGCGGACCAUUUUAUUCUAUGA